AUGCGCCUGCUGGUGGUGGUUCUCCUGGCUUCUCUCUGCCUCAUCGCCCAGGGCAGGGCAGGACCAUCCAGUACCCACGAGAUCAGCAAAGGGCUGGAGUGGCUGACCCGCUAUGGCUACCUUCCUCAGCCAGAUCCCAGAGCAGCCCGUCUUCAAACCCAAGGAGAACUGACCAGCGCCAUCAAAACAAUGCAAAGGUUUGCAGGACUGCCUGCAACCGGGAAUCUGGACCAGAAGACCUUGGACAUGAUGAGCCAGCCCCGCUGCUCCCUCCCCGACAUCAUCGGCACCUCUGAGCUCAUGCGUCGGCGGCGCAGGAAGAGACGCUACGCGCUCAGUGACAACGUCUGGCAGAAGAAGGACUUGACGUGGCACGUCCGUUCCUUCCCCCGCUCCUCGCAGCUGUCAAAUGAUCACGUCCGGAACAUUUUCUACUACGCUUUCCGGGCCUGGAGCAAUUCCUCGGCCUUGACCUUCCGCGAGGUGAUUUCUCCACAAGCGGACAUCUUGGUGGACUUCACCCAAGCCUAUCACAAAGACAGCUACCCUUUCGAUGGGCCCGGAGGCACCCUAGCCCAUGCCUUCUUCCCCGGAGAACACCCCAUUUCGGGUGACACCCAUUUCGAUAACGAAGAGACGUGGAUUCAUGACCCAAACAACAUGUCACCAGGUCAUGGCACGGAUCUCUUCGCUGUAGCAGUGCACGAGUUUGGUCACGCCUUGGGACUGGCUCACUCUUCUGCCAAGGAGUCCAUCAUGAUCCCAUAUUACCAGGGCCCAGUUGGGUUGCCCCACCUGUACCGUCUCCCGCAAGACGAUGCCAUAGGAAUUGAACAAAUCUAUGGGAAGCGUCAGGCUGGUUCACAUCCAGAUAAAGAUGUCCCAGCAUUACCAGUCCCCACAGCCCGCCCCAUUCCUGACCUACCACCAUACCAGCCCACACAAGGGCCACGGCAGCCGUCGCCUGAUCGUUGUCAGGGCCAUUUUGAUGCCGUUGCUGACAUCCGUGGAGAAGUUUUCUUCUUCAGGAAGAAGCAUUUCUGGCGGAUGCAAGCAGCCCGGACUCUGGUUUCACUGGAGCCGGCUCAGAUCCUCCGGUUCUGGAAUGGCCUCCCCCAGGAUUUCACGGCUAUUGACGCCGUGUACGAGCGCAUCAACGACAGCCAAAUCGUGUUCUUCAUUGGGUCCCAGUACUGGGUUUUCACAGAUACUCAGGUCAACCCAGGCUACCCCCGUCCCACAUCGGACCUCGGCCUCCCUCGCGGCACAGCUGUUGGGGCUGUAUUUGUGUGGCCCCACAAUCGCAAGACGUACCUCAUAGAAAAGGGUCAAUACUGGCGUUACGAUGACCAGUUGGGCCAGGUGGAACCCGGAUACCCCAAGCCCGUCACCCUCUGGAAAGGGGUACCUCCUGAACUGGAUGACGUCACUCGGUGGAAUGAUGGCAACACCUACUUCUUCAAAAAUAGCCAUUAUUGGCGCUUUACUGGCGGCAACGUGGAGUCAGACGCAGGCUACCCGCGGUCCACCGCACGCGACUGGAUGCAUUGCCAGGGGGAUCCCACCCCUGACCCGGGGCACACGGAAGGACAGGGGCCGAUGUGCAUCUGUGGGGCAUCAGCCCUCCAAGCAGCCCCAAUCUUGGCUUGGAUCCUGGCUUUCAUUUGGGCCGCAUGCUGACCCCGAGCCGGCUACGAAAUGAUUGCAAAACUUUAUAUACAGCUAAAGGAAGGGACCGGCCAGCAGGAGAAUGCGGCAACCCUUUGGUGCAGCCUUCGAGUAAUUGUUUCCCCCUUCAUUCCCUCCACCCCA